UUUGUACCCCGCUCUGUCCGCCGCCUGGCGGCUGCUACCGACCCACCGCUGCCAAGUUGGCGGAGGAGCAGUCGGGCGCAGGGUGAGGUCGGGUAACCGCCUGCCCUUCCGGCCCUCUACUUUGGCUGGGACCCACUCAGGGCGCCCACUGGAGCGCCCACGCCCGCAACAGCCUCGGGACCUCCCCGCCCCGCCCGCACUGUGGCCUCUCCCAGCUCUGGGCCCACCCGGCAGCCCCGAACCGCGUCAACCCAGACGGCCCCUCGGGUUUCCUCACUUUCUGGAAUUUAUCUCUAGGCCCUCCGUUCAGGUUCCCUCGAGGUUCCGCUUUGUCCCUUCUGUCUUCUCCCCGGAAAUCUUUGAGCGUCCUCUGAUCUCAGUCGGUCUCCCGGACUCUUCACGCCCACAGUGAGGAGCUGAGUGGUGCCCAGGGGUCUGCCUCCUCUAAUCCCAGGGCCCCAUUCUGUUUUCCAUCCUGUUUCCCUACAGAAAACUGUUGCUUUCUACCCUCCCAACUCUGCCUAAGGGAAUACUCUUGAAGCCCGUGGUAAAGCUGAAGCUUAUGAGGCGACGCAGAUGUUUUACUGAUUCUGGCAACUCCUGUGUUUGUUCGGAAAACAUGAGCUGAGCUCUUGCUGCGAUUCAGGGCCUGCUCUGGGUAGUGAGGACACAGCCACGCCCCAUGCAGAGUGCUUCCCCCUCCUAGAAGCUGUGCAGCGCCCAGAUGGUGCUAGGCCCAACUGGUUCUGCCUACCUCGGACUCAGAACUUUUGAUACAUGAAGGAAAGAGCAUUUGCCCCCCGGUGAGCAGCAUAAAGAAGAUCACUGGCCACACAAACGCUGGGUGUGUUCUGGGAGCUAAUUAGAUGACAUCCUACAGUAGCAGAGAAAUAGAAAAUUGGGUUGGGGAUAGAAAUUGGGACCCUGCUACAGAGAAAGUCCCUCUACAUUCCAGCGAGUGUUCUCUGCUAAGCAGCAAAUUAUUAGGGUUCACUCCUUAGUAGUAGAAGGUCUCCCACAAAUUUCCCAGAGGUUAUCUUCUCUUCCGUGAAACUUACGGGACUGAGGCCAGAUCUUCUCUAAAAUGUAACUGGUGUCAGAAAAUCCAGUUGCUAUCAGGAGGCUCUUCGUUGCAGCUGCCCUCCCUCCAAUCUGUCGUGAGUCCAGGUGGUGCAGAAGCCAAGGGACAGCCAUGCAGAAUCCUGCCUUCCAGUGAGGCCACGUCUGUGCUCCUCACCCACCUCCACAGGCAAGACCUCACUCAGCUCCCACCUCCUUCUCUGCCUCCAGGGUGUCUGACUUCAGUUCUAUCCUCUCUGUUUAGCAUGCUGACCUUCUUAUUGAGACCUGUGGGCAUCCUGUACCUGUCUUCAGGGUUACUGGUAAUAGCUCAAUUUGGAGGAGACUUCUCACCCAGGAUGAAUCAGGUUUUCUUGACUCCCUCCCGCAUGGUGAAUCGCAAUGUGGGUCUGAAAGUUGAAGGCUCAAGCUUCACACUAGAUGGCUCUCCUUUCCUGAUCAUAGCAGGUACUAUUCACUAUUUCCGGGUGCCCAGGGAGUACUGGAGGGACCGCUUGCUGAAGCUGAAGGCCUGUGGUUUCAACACCCUCACCACGCAUAUUCCCUGGAACCUUCAUGAGCCAAGAAAAGGAUGGUUUUAUUUUACUGCAAAUCUGGAUUUCAUGACUUUUAUAGCCAUGGCUUCGGAGGUGGGGCUGUGGGUCAUUCUGUGUCCAGGCCCCUAUAUUGGGAGCGACUUAGACCUUGGAGGCUUACCCAGCUGGUUACUCCAGGAUCCAAAAAUGAAGCUGCGAACAACUUACAGGGGCUUCACUAAAGCAGUGAAUCACUAUUUUGAUAAGAUAAUUCCCAAGAUAGUACAACUCCAGUAUGGAAAGGGAGGCCCCAUCAUUGCUCUGCAGGUUGAGAAUGAAUAUGGUUCAUAUCAUCAGGAUAGAAGAUACAUGUCAUAUAUUAAGAAGGCCCUGAUCACAAGAGGGAUCAAGGUGUUACUUAUGACUGCUGAUAAUGGAGAUGAACUGAAAAGAGGCCACUUAAAACAGGUACUUUCCACUGUCCACAUGAAACAUAUAAAGAAAGAAACUUACGAUACGCUCUUAUCAAUUCAGGGUCAUAGCCCCAUACUGAUGAUGGUGUAUACAGCAAGCUCUUUGGACGGAUGGGGCAUUUCCCCCCAUUCUGUGGAUUCACACUUGUUAAUGAGAGACGUGCGUGAAAUGUUCAACGCUAGUUUCUCCCUCAACUUCUACAUGUUCCAUGGUGGCACCAACUUCGGCUUCAUGGGUGGAUCUGCAUCUUUGGACCAUUACCUCCCUAUGAUCACAAGCUAUGGCAAACAAAUUUCUUUAUAUUUUUCAGAUUAUGGGGCACUCCUGACAGAGAACGGAGAACAUACAACUGAGUACCUUGCAUAUCAAGAGUUUUUUAGCUCUUCUUUGGGGAUUCCCAAGCCUCCCCACCGAGAUACUAUACCUAUGGCUAUAUAUAAGUCGGUGGUAACAGCAUACUACAUGUCACUAUGGGAUGUCAUGCCCUACUUGGAGGAGCCCAUCAGGUCUGUCAAGCCAAUCUGCAUGGAGAAGCUGUCCGUGAACCAGGGGAAUGGUCAGUCCUCUGGAUACAUACUUUAUGAGACUGUGGUCACCACCAGUGGCCUCCUCACCACGAAGGGUCAUGUUCAAGAUCGAGGUCAGGUGUUUUUGGAUGAGGAGUUUUUAGGGGUCCUGGACCAUUCCACUCAUCAGCUGACUAUUCCCAGGAAAAUGGUCUACAAGGAUAACCCAACACUGAGGAUCCUGGUGGAGAAUCAAGGCCGCCUUGCCUAUGGGCAGGAUAUCAAUAAGGAGAGAAAAGGUCUAAUUGGGGAUAUCUAUCUGAACAAUUUUCCUUUAAGAAAAUUUAAAAUCUAUAGCCUGGAUAUGAAAACUCAGUUUCUACAAAGGGACCUUCCUAACAUCUGGAAACCAGCCUCAUUCAAACAUCGGGGCCCUGCCUUCUUCCUUGGUAUCCUGAGAAUGGGUAAUUACCCCAGAGAUACCUUCAUAAAAAUGGAGGGCUGGACAAAAGGUGUAAUAUUCAUCAAUGGACGAAAUCUGGGACGCUACUGGAAUAUAGGUCCCCAGGAGACCCUCUACCUUCCAGGACCCUGGCUUCAUUCUGGAUCAAAUGAGAUCAUUGUGUUUGAGGAAUUUAAACCUGGCCUGGAGAUCCACUUCACAAACAUAUCUCAUCUAGGAUAUUGAAUCUUGAGUAUUAUGACAUAACAGAGGAAAUUGAUUGAGAUGAGUCACUUCAACAGUGGGGCUGUGAGUAACCUACUCAUCCUGACAUGUUGCUGGAACUACCCUGGCUUCUCCACUUACCCAAUCCCUGCUUUGAGUCUACCAUCCUCUUCCUAAUUUGCUAGUACAUUCCUCUUUUGGCAUAGGUUAGCUAACCUUUUUCUGAUGCUCAUAACAAAAUAGACCUACUUAGUGCAUACCCCUUGUCAUAUUGCUACAAUAAAGGCUGUUUGACCACCAAAUAAAAUGCUGAAAAAAUGAGAUGCUCAGAAUACUUGACCCCACAAAUGUAAAUUUGAAGCAAAAGUGAUCUUUCGAAGAAAUCAAAUAAAAUGUAAAC